UCGGGUAGCAACGGACCGGACUGGACUGAAGAGAGCUGAGCGAGGGGGCAACGCGGCGCUUGUCUUUUUAUUUGACAAGUUUAAGUUGUUUUAAACUGUUCACGAAGUCGGCAAACAAGUCUGGACUAUACAAUGAGGCGGAGCGAGGUGCUCGCAGCAGAGUCGGUGUCCUGCUUGAAUAAAGCGCUGAUCCACCUGAAGGACAUUUGGGAGGAGAUCGGUAUCCCAGAAGACCAGAGACUGCAGAGGACUAAUGUAGUCAAGAACCACAUUAAGAACUUGUUGGAAAUGAUGGUCAAAGAAGAGGAGUCUCUGAAAAACAGGCUGAUGAGCAGUAUUGAAACAUGCAGGGCAGAAAUGGAGAAGCUUUGUCUGGAACUUCAGCUGCCAUUGUUUGAGGAGGAGAGUGGUAUCAGCAUGCUCCAGCAGGAGAAAAACAUCCGCACACAGGUGGAUGCUCUGACGAAGGAGAAGACUCAGCGGAUGCAGCAGCUGAAGCUUCUUCUGGACCAGGACCAGGACCUGUGCGACAUCCUGUGCUCCAUGUCUUACGGCAUCGCUCCCGACUCCGUCCCCUCCCCGGAACAGCUGGAGAACUUCCGGCAGCACAUCGCCAACCAGAACGAAGAGAAGACGAGGCGGUAUGCUGAGUUCACAGACAUCAAAAGGCAGAUCAUCUUGCACAUGGAGCAGCUGGACCACAUCCCUGAGACCAGCUUUGAGAAGGACGUGGUCUGUGAGGACGAGGACUCUUUUUGCCUCUCCAGAGACAAUAUCACAUCCCUCAAACUGCUUCUCUGCCAGCUGGAGGAGCGUAAAGCAGAGAACGAGGCGAUGUGUGAGAGUCACAGGGAGAAGAUCCAGCAGCUGUGGGACAGACUGCAGGUGCCGCAGGAGGAGAGAGAGGCCUUCAACGAACACAUGGUCACAUCCAGGAAGAGGAACUUGGAAGCGUUGCGAGCAGAGGUCCAGCGUCUAGAGGAGCUCAAACUCCUAAACAUCCGAAAUGUCACAGAAGCCAUCCGCUCUGAGAUCGCCGUGUUCUGGGACAGGUGCUUCCUCAGCAUCGACCAGCGGCAGGAUUUUGCACCAUAUUUUAGCGAGGACUUCACUGAAGAGCUGCUGAGCGUGCACGAUGCUGAGAUCCAGCGCUUGAAGCGGCAUUACGAGGACCACAGAGAGCUUUUUGACGGGGUUCACCAAUGGGAGGACAGCUGGAGACUCUUCCUGGAGCUGGAGAAAAAAGCCACAGAUCCGACAAGAUUUGCAAACAGAGGAGGGAAUCUUCUCAAAGAGGAGAAGCAGAGGUCUGAGCUGCACAAAAGUCUGCCCAAGCUUGAGAAAAAACUAAAAGCCGAGAUCGACGUGUGGGAAAGUGAACAGGGUCAGGAGUUUCUGGUCAGCGGGCAGAAGUUCCUGCAGUACGUGGAGGAGCAGUGGGAGCUGCACCGAAUCGAGAAAGAGAAGGAGAAACAAGAAAGGCAUCUGAAGAAGAGCAAACAGACUGAGGUGGACAUGCUCUAUGGAACAGCUGUACGCACCCCCACCAAACGCAGAUUCCUCGGCACCACCACCCCAAACAAAACACGCAAGUUUAAUGCCACUUCCAGCAUCUCUAGCGCCACCUCUAACAGCACCAUGCGCUCUGCUUUUGGUGGAACUGUCUGUCGCUCGCCUGUGCCCCGCCCACCGCUCUCGGCAAACAAGGUUCCAGCGGUGCGGACGCCCGGUAGCAGUAGACCCCCCAACCCACGACUGCAGGGCUGUAACAAGGAGAACGAGGUCCGGUCGAAGGGGACCCCUCUGAGUGGUGGGUUGCUGAACUCCGCUAGUCCACAGCCUAACUUCAGCAUAACCUCUGUUGCCAGCACAUAUUCUGAAUUUGUGAGGGACUUGGUCAACACUGAAUCUGUUCAGUCAAGCGAGACCUGUCCAAAGCCUCCAACACCAAGAUCCAGCACGACGUCCUGAACUCCACCAGCACCAACCUCUGACCUCCCCGCUCACAUCGUCGCCCUUUCAAUGAAGUUCUGAUUCCUUCCCAUGUGGAUCUCUGCUACCUGCUAUAAAAUGUAAAUGAAGGUGAUAAUAUAUUAAGUGUUGAGUCAGUGGUAAACACUUUAAACAGCUGUUAUAUAAAUGAGACUUUGCGCUGUCCAUCACUGUGUGUAUGAGGAUAACAUAUGUAUGUCACUAACACUACUGUUAUGGAUGGAGGUAGUCUGUGACCUCCAGUGCUUCUAACGAGCCUAUCAUUGAGAGCACCUCCUUUUAUAGAGCAGCCAGGCUGAUGAGCACAGACUGGGUGCAAUCAGGACAGGUGCUCUCAAUGAUAGGCUCGUUAGACGCACUGGAGGUCACAGGCUAACUCCAUCCGUAACACUGCUUUGGCUCUCUAAAUGUAUGAAGAGGCAGUAAAUGUCUGCAUCGAUUAGUGCACAUUUAAACGAAAGAAAGUUAAAGAAUCGUCUCUUGAAUUUAUGCAAUCUGGGGUUAAAGGCCAAAUGUAUUAUGAAUACUACUUAUGCACUUUUUUACUUAGAACAUAUUUUUGCAGUGCACACUCACUGUCAUCCAACUCUGUUUUUAUAUUUUUAUGUAUGCUGUAAAUAGUUCUGUCUCCACUCCUUCUCUUCAUAGGACUGUUUGACAAUAAGCUUGUUGUUUAAACAGACAGUUGAAAUAUGUCAUGUAUAGGUGCUGCGCUAUUGUUUGAAUAUAGUUAAAUCAUUUGGAUUCAAUACACUAUUGUGACUGAUUUGAAAAAAGCUUGUCAAAAUGCAUUAAAUGUUUUUUCACUUAUAAAUAAA